CGUUCUAAAUGGAUCCGAAAGCAUAGUACGUUUUGCGGCUGGUAAGAAUGUGGUGCUGAGCAUUGAAUGCAAUGAGGAGCUGGGUACACGGGAAAGAGAUUCGUCAAGAGUUCAUACGCACAUACUUUCUGACUAUAAAUGGGCAUCAGAGGAGACGUAUAAUGGACGAAUAUUGGCUGUACAUCAAAAUUUCAUCGCUUAUCGCCUUUUCAAUGCUAAUACUGGUGAGGCAGUGAGGGUUCUGGAGAAGGAAACCCGUAAUAGACAUCUCAUUAAGGGUUUCACGCAUCCAACGGCUGAUCUCCAAUGGGCAUCGCAUGCACCUCUCCUUGCUGUUCUCGAUUCAAAUGCUAAUCUUUAUGUGUACCAUGUCGAUGAAAAUUGUGUUGUAACGAAAUAUGUGAACGUUAUGCGAGCAGAGAAUAGCGUGGGCGCUGGUGUGUCGCCUCGCAUUUCAUGGUGUCCCUAUAUUCCCGACACAGAAGAUCCACAUGAAGUGGUGCAUAUGCUUGCAACUCACUUCGGUGAAACUGUUGAACUGAUUACGUUAAGUACUGUGAAAACAGAAAUUGAAGGCGAGGAAGUGUGUAUUGAAAAAUUGGUUGAUGUGUCAGAUGCGCUUAUCAAGAUACCAUCAGAGAACAUAAUUUCGACCGUACGUUCAGUUUGUAUAAGUCCAGAUGCCACAGCGGUUGCCGUAGCACAGUCAUCUGGUUGUGUUUCAUUUUUCAUUAUCGAUGGCGUGGCAGCACGUUUUGCACAUCAGUGGACACCCGAUUCACCGUGGCCGAUUGAAGAUCUCUUAGAACAGUUCUGGAAAUUUGCGAUUGCCGCAAACGAUGGUGGUCGUAGAUUGGAUUUGUAUGAAAGUGAGAACUGGAGAUGUAUUGGUCGACUGAGGUUCGAAUCAGCUGAUCGACUUUCACGAUUCGCAGUUUCAAUUGAUCCAUCUGCAAGAUUUUUGUUCCUUGCUGAUUACGAUGCAGCUAACGUACACUGUGUAGAGUUGGCCUAUACUGCUGGUGUACCACACUUUAAUAUAUCUUUGGAAGAUGAAGAAGUACCACAGUGUAGUGUCGUAGCCAAUUUAAUAGCUCUAUCUCAGCGUUCGCUGUUGCGACUCGAAAUCGACUUAGAAACCACCACUUCUGUUGAACAAACGCUUAAAGAUAAUGCUCAGUCAAAAUUACUCACUGUUGCUACUACGAAUAGCACUGACAGGCACAAAGAUGCAGAUAGUAUGGUGCUGCAAGAACGAAGUUCAGAAAAGGAAAGUGAAAUGCUGGAAAUGAUGCAAACACAUCUGGAGAACUUGUCAAUUCAAGUGCAACGACAGGCUGAAGAAGUUGAGCGACAGCGAUGUGACGAUCGCGCUCAAGAUGAAAUGGUUUUACGUGAUGAAAGAAUGUUGUUGAAGUUUGAAUCGCUUAUUCAAGAAAGUCGUUCAGCAACAGUGGAAGCAAUUCAAACAUCACUUGAACUCAAAAUGGAUGGUGUCGCUGAAACAUUCAGAGCAUCUACAAGUCAACAAGAAACAGCAGCGGUCAACGACGAAUUAAUAAAGAAUGUGCGUGGUGCAAUGAUGUCAGUGGUCGUGCCAGCACUAGACAGAUUAUGUACAAAUCUGUUUCAACAACUCAACGAAUCGUUUCGAAAUGGACUUGAACAGUACAUGCGUCAGAUUAGAUCACUGUCUCUGUCAUUGCCACAACAGUCAACCCAUCAUCAUUCAACUGCAGCGCAGCGUUCCAUUGUUGCUAAUGAUGCACCAUCAUUAAUUCAGCUUAUUGAAGCUCAGCAGAUCGUCACUGCCUUCGAAAUGGCUCUAACCAGGAAAGAUUUGUCCUCGCUCAUGUUCGUUUGUAAUAACGUUGAUCCGGACACAUUGUUCAGCAGUGAUCAGCCGUUACCCCAAGCUGUCCUCCUGUGUAUUCUCAAUCAGUUAGCUGUUAAAUUCGAAGGAGAAACUGAUCUGAAAUUCAGGUAUGUGGAAAAUUGUUUAAUGGCGUUACGUAUCAAAGAUCCGACUGUUUCGGGCAGCUAUCGACAAGUGCUUGAGCGCUUACAUUCUUCUUUAUCAGGUUCGUCAUCGAUUUUAAUUCAUUCUGAUGAUUCGUUCCACUCUCGAAACUAA